AUAGGUCUAUCAAUUAGUGAUAGAAGUGAGUCAUCUAAUAAGUUAGCAAAAAUGAUCAGUGGGAUAAAAGUCGCAAACCUCAGGGAUGUUUACAAAAAUUGCGAAAGUGGCGUGGACAGGUCACGAAACAUAGCGUCAUGAUGUUCAUACUAGGCUAUUAAAUUGUGUAAACAAUUUAUUAAAACUAAACAUAUGUAAGAAGCAAGUGGUUUUUUUUUUUAUAGAAUAUGGGCUAUAAUCUUCAAGGCUUUUGAAAGGAUUUCCUGUUUGAGUCAACCGUAUCAAAAUGUUAAUAAAGCGUACUGAAUCUAAUCGUCGCGCGAUAACCAAGGAUAUUAUUAUAGCUUAUUAUAUUGCAACUUUUCACUAUAAAUUACGAUCAUUUUGCCAAACAUUCAUUGCUCAUGAUGGAGAUAAGUUCACAUUACCUUUCUCUUUGCUUCUUCGCCCCACAAACAAAGGAGAACAUGGUUUUUAUCCAGUAAAUAGUCAAACAGAAUCUAUCACUAGGGUAAAGUGCCGUAAGCUAAAGUUUUUGAUCAACAUCAACAUUUUUAGGGCUUUAUGCAGAGAAUCCAAGAGGAGGAGCCGUAGAAAGGAUGGGUAUGUAGCUUUGCCUUAAUCGCUUUACAGAGUUAAUAGGAAAAAAAACUAGAAAAAGCCAAGAAAACGGACACUAGUAAGCGUUUCAAUGGUGUAAUAUUGAAAAUGUGUUUCCUCGGGCGUCCGCAUCCAAAAAUGAGGGGAAAAAAAAUUUCUAAGGAUAUAAAAAAUUGCAGGAUUUUCAUGCGAUGAAUAUCAUCACCCUUCUCACACUUUUACAAUAUAAAAAGAGACUUUUUUAUGUUACAUUUUUUCGGUUUUCCUUUUUGUGUAGAUCAGUAAAGACACCAAAGUUCAAGAAUGACAAUAUAGUUCAAUAACUACACGAGUUCAUUCAUUGAUGCUUGUUAACUUACUUGGACUCCAUGCUAUUGUCAGUUACAUCAAGUGACACUGGCCAGUUCCAACAAUUCGGGGCCUGCUCGUACAGUUUUAUCACCCAGCUUGUACAGUUUUAUCACUCAGCUGAUGUAGCUUUGUGGUAAUUUCUUGGUAGGCGUAACUUAGUGAAGACAAUCAUUCCAUGACUAUAGGUGUUCCAUUAUAAUAGCUCUAAAGCCUUUCUUUAAAAUUUGCUGUUGUACUGCCUCUGCUAAUAUAUUUCACAUAGCCUUGCCAUUGCUAUGGUAUGAUUACAGUUAGGUUGACAGGUAUUCAUUUCGCUAUUGGUUUAAGAUUAGAAACCAGUCUUUGGAUUAUCUUGAUAGGUUGCUUGAAGUUACAAAAAUUUAUAAUUCAAGGGAGAAAUAUUUUUUUACCGUUGCUUGGGGGGAGGGGGGUAGUUGUGUUUGUGGUUUCACUCACCUAUAUUAAUGUGAAGUUUAGGGAGUAGUUGAGAAAAACCAUUAUAAUAUCUGAUUUAAGAGAUGCUUAACAAAUAAUUAGGGAUUUUAAGUGAUAAUAUUGCCUUUAUUGAUUUAUUUUGUUUUGACUUUUGUAUAUAUAAUAAUCUCUUUUUAUCUGACUGUUUUUAUAAUUAGGUGCUUCCUUGGCUGGGAAUACUCUGUAGAUGAUGAGAAAAAACAUGCAGUGUAUGAUGGAGGAGGUGCUGCUUACUGGAUGUCUGUAAAGAUCUAG